CCCUCUCUCUCUGCUCGGCCUGUGACCGCCAUGUUUGUGCUGGUGGAGAUGGUGGACACGGUGCGGAUCCCCCCCUGGCUGUUCGAACGCCGGCUGAACGAUGCCAUCGCAGAGGAACUGAACAAGAAGCUGGCAAACAAGGUGGUGUACAAGGUCGGCCUGUGUAUCUGUCUGUACGACAUUACCAAGCUGGAAGACUCGUACAUUUUCCCUGGUGACGGGGCAUCUCACUCCAAAGUUCAUUUCCGAUAUGUGGUCUUCAGACCUUUUCUGGAUGAGAUUAUUAUCGGGAAAAUUAAAGGCUGCAGCCAGGAGGGGGUGUACGUGACUCUGGGAUUUUUCGAUGACAUCCUGAUCCCUCCGGAGUCCUUACAGCAACCGGCAAAGUUUGACGAGACGGAGCAGGUGUGGAUGUGGGAGUACGAGACGGAGGAGGGAACCCACGACCUGUACAUGGAUGUGGGCGAGGACGUGCGUUUCCGGAUGGUGGACGAGAUCUUCAUCGACACGUCCCCUACAGGCCCCAGCGCAGCCGACACCCCCUCCCCAGCCCCGGCCCCUGUCCCCGCCCCAGAGGAGACCCUGAAAAAAGAGUCUCCCUACACGCUGACGGGAUCCAUCAGUGAGCCAGGACUGGGGCUGUUGUCCUGGUGGACAAACGGUUAACGGGGAAAGCCGGCCGAGCAGGCUGUGACUGAAACGUGGAGUGCGGAGCUGGGAGGGGAAUCUCCUGUUCCUUUUUUUUGGGGGGGGGGGACUCGGAUCAUUUUCUUCCCCAACAAAAAAACCCAUCUUCCCGUUAUCCGGGAUCCCCCCCCUCUCCCCCGUAUCCCGUCCGUCGUCCCCUCGGGAACAGGGGAUGGGCGGAGAGUGCGGCUCAGCAACAACCGUCGGCGGAGGUUUCGUUGCGUGUGUGUUUGUUGCCGCAGGAAGGUGUGACAGGAGAGGUGGAACGUGGCAAUAAAGAUAACUGCAUUCACUUGGGA